CCAAAGUAAAAUCUAAGCCCCAAAAAAAUAAACGAAACCCCACACAAGCGAUGGGAUCAUCCGGAUCCCAGGCGUCCGCGUCCGUGUCCGGGAUCGCGACAGGACGGAUGUCGCUGCUGUUGCGCCUCCUAGCGGUGGCGCUAGUAAUGAAUGCCUGCCACAUGCCGCUGACCAAUGCCAAGCAAGUCUCGAACUUUGACGAUGACCUGGACUUUAUCCUUGCCGACGAGGUAUCCCUGCAGCCCAGCAGCAAGUUGGGCUCGGCGGCGGCACUUCAUGGAGGCGGCGGCGACUCCCUGCUGGACGACGACGAUGAGGGCCUCCUCGAGGACGAUGACCUGCCCCUCGCCGAGGUCCAGCAGGCGGCGGACGAGGAUGAGGGCAACUGGUUCAGCCAGGGCGUGCACCGUGUGCGUCGCUCCCUCUCCCGCAUCUUCGGCGGGGAUGGUGCUGCUGCCGCCGAAAAGACCCGCAAUCGUCGCGGGAUCAUUGAGCGGCAGCAGGAGCGUCGCCGUAGGGCCAGGGAGGAGCGGGAGCGGUCGAGGCUCGACCAGAAGCACCGGCUCCAGGAGCAGAAAGAGCGCCAGAAGGUGCUGAUGAAGCAAGUCCAACAGCAGCUGCACAAUCGUGCCACCGAACCCCGAAAGCGCGCUUCUGAGCUGUACGACGAAACGGAGGGCAGCUCCCCCGAUGUCGACGAGGAGACGAGCUUCUAUCGCACAUAUUUCACCAUUGCCGAGCCCUACACGGACGAGUUUGCGGACAGGAACAGCGAGGCCUUCCUCAAUCUGCAGAAGCUGCUCGAGGAGGAGAUCCGCAAGUUCUUUGUCACCACCGUCGAUGAUGAUGAGCUGGACAUCCGCAGUACCCUGCUGCGAGUCGAUCAAACGGAUGAUGGCUUCAAGGUGAACGUGAUGCUCCAACUGGAGCUGCCCAAUCGCAUCACAGAGUUCGAGGACCAACUGCGUGAACAGUUGACGACCUACAGUAGACUAGGACGAUUGGGUGCCUUUGCGGAUGAUGUCUUCUCCUUCGAGAAGGUUCAUGAGCCCACCGAUCCCAGCGAUCCCAGCGAUCCCAACGAGGAUCCACUUCCCCAUGAACCCACUGCCACGUCAGAGCCCGAUGUCGAGGGUUCCGGCCACAACAGCUGGAACACUGGUCCCAGCGAUGACUUGGGCUGUCGCGGCGAUGCCACCUUCAUCUGCCGCACUACCGGAACCACCAUCUGCGACGAGAUGCGAUGCGACGGCGUCUUCAAUUGUCAGAACGGCGAGGAUGAGGAGGAUUGUUAUCCCCAGACCAACAUCGCUACCAGUCCUGGCCUGGUUUGCACUGAAGAUCAGUUCAGAUGCGACUCCAUCUGCCUGCCUCUCGCGUACCGCUGCAACGGGCAAGUCGAGUGCCUGGAUGAGACCGACGAAGCUGGCUGCCCGCCGCCGCCGUACAGCAGCGGCGCGGACGCCAACCCUGGGUCCGGGGCACCCGCCGAUCGCGAACCAGAAGAAGAUUCAGAUACCGAGAAUCGAGAAACCGUAUCGCAACCAGAUCAAGAGCCAGAGCCAGAACCAGAGGCAACUCCAGACCCAGAUACAGGUCGAAAUGAAGUGUGGUCUCCGGAAUGCCAGCCGAAUGAGUACCGUUGCCGCAGUGGACAUUGCAUUGAUGCUGGAAAGCGCUGCGACUACCGCGUGGACUGUCCCGACGGCGAUGAUGAGAACGAAGAGUGCCCCGCCGCCUGCAGUGGCAUGGAGUACCAGUGCCGCGACGGCACGCGCUGCAUCAGCGUCAGCCAACAGUGCGACGGCCAGCCCGAUUGCAGCGACGGCGACGACGAAGAGCACUGCGACGGAAGUGGCUUUGGAGUCGAUGACGAUGAGCAGUGUCGGUUCGAUGAGUUCCGAUGCGGCACUGGUGAGUGCAUACCGAUGCGUCAGGUGUGCGAUAACAUAUACGAUUGCAACGAUUACACAGACGAGAUCGGCUGUGACCUCUCCAGCGAGGACGUUGGCGGGAUAGGCAUCGCCAUCGACCACCAUCGACCAACGCCCAAGGGUUGGGAUAACGAAGUGGUUUUGCCUGAGCUCGAGUACCUCCCGGUGGGUAGGUACAACAAGCCUGAUCCCCAGAACAAGUGCGCCUCCAAUCAGUUCCACUGCGUCAAUACGGACGUGUGCAUACCGCUGCACCUUCGAUGCGAUGGGUACUACCACUGCAACGACAUGAGCGACGAGGCGGACUGUGAGCGUUACCAGCCGCCACCCAAGACGCGGAGGCCGCCAACGAUCAGAGUCACCACACGGUCGCCGUGGGACUUCUCCCCCGAUUCGCUGGAGCGGCGCACAACUGAGGGAGGACCAAGAGGAGGAGUAACGAUACGACCAACGUCACCCACUGCUACUGCCACUGCCACUGCCACCACCACUAACCCAAUAACAACUACCUCCUCAACAGCAACAACGAUAGCGAGCUGUGCCUCCAAUCAAUUCCGUUGCCAUAACGGCGACUGUGUGCCUUAUUCGUCCACCUGCGAUGGCAUACCACAGUGCCGCGAUGGUUCCGAUGAGCUGGAGUGCGGCGGCUCCCUAGAGUGCCUGCCGAGCCAAUUCCGUUGCAACAACGGCCAGUGCGUGAGCGCCACGGUGCGAUGCAACGGCAAGACCGACUGCCAGGACAGUUCCGACGAGCAGAAUUGCGCCAACGAGCCAGGCCGCACCACCAGUCAAUUGAAUCUCAAGACCUAUCCCGAUAGCCAGAUCAUCAAGGAGCGAUAUAUUAGGGAGGGUCGCGAGGUGAUAUUCCGUUGCCGUGACGAAGGACCAUUCCGCGCCAAGGUCCGUUGGACGCGACCCGGCGGCCAGCCACUGCCCCCAGGCUUCACCGACCGGAGCGGACGCUUGGAGAUACCCAAUAUACGCCUGGAGGACUCUGGCACCUAUGUGUGCGAGGCUGUCGGCUAUCCCAGCUACCAGCAGGGACAGCAGGUCACCGUUCACCUCACCGUCGAACGCUAUAAUGACUUGGGUGCCCGUCCGAGCACAGCCUGCAGCCAGUACCAGGCCACGUGCAUGAACGGCGACUGCAUCGACAAGAGUAACAUCUGCGACGGCAUUCCGCACUGCUCGGACGGAUCGGAUGAGCACAGCUGCAGCCACGGACGCAAGUGCCAGCCGAAUCAGUUCCUCUGCAACAACUCCAAGUGCGUGGACCGCACCUGGCGCUGCGAUGGCGAGAACGACUGUGGCGACAACUCCGAUGAGGCCUCUUGCGAUCCCGAGCCCAGCGGUGCCCCUUGCCGUUUUAGCGAGUUCCAGUGCCGUAGCGGCCACUGCAUACCGAAGAGCUUCCAGUGCGACGAGGUUUCCGACUGUUCCGAUGGCAGUGAUGAGGUCGGCUGCAUGGAACCCGUGCCCAUUCGUCCUCCGCCACCAGUGAAGGGUCUGCUCGAGGGCGAGUCCCUCGAUCUGACAUGCGUUGCCACCGGAACACCCAUACCGACAAUCGUGUGGCGCCUCAACUGGGGCCAUGUGCCCGAGAAAUGCGAAUCAAAGAGCUUCGCUGGCACUGGCACCCUCCACUGCCCGGACAUGCAGGUGCAGGACAGCGGUGCCUACUCCUGCGAGAUCAUCAACUCCCGCGGCACGCACUUUGUCACUCCGGACACAAUUGUGACGGUCACACCGAAUAGGAAUCAGUUCUGCGAGGCCGGGUUCUUCAACAUGCUCGCACGCUCCGAGGAGGAGUGCAUCAAGUGCUUCUGCUUCGGGGUGGCCAGCACCUGCGAGAGCGCCAAUCUCUUCUCUUACGCCAUCCAGCCGCCGAUCCUGUCGCAUCGCGUGGUCAGCGUGGAGCUCAGUCCCUAUCGCCAGAUCGUGAUCAAUGAGGCAACCAGCGGACAGGACCUGCUCACCCUCCACCAUGGCGUCCAGUUCCGUGCCUCGAACGUCCACUAUGGCGGUCGGGAGACCCCCUAUCUGGCGCUGCCCAGCGACUACAUGGGGAGCCAGCUCAAGUCCUACGGCGGCAAUCUGCGCUACGAGGUCAGCUACAUGGGCAGCGGACGACCAGUGUCCGGCCCAGAUGUGAUCAUCACCGGCAACCGAUUCACCCUCACCCACCGCGUGCGCACCCUGCCGGGGCAGAACAACAAGGUGAGUGUGCCCCUGCUCCCAGGUGGCUGGCAAAAGCCUGACGGGCGCAAGGCCACCCGCGAGGAGAUCAUGAUGAUUCUAGCCAACGUCGACAACAUCCUCAUCCGCCUGGGCUACCUGGAUAGCGUCGCCCGCGAGGUGGACCUGAUCAACAUCUCCCUCGACUCGGCCGGCACCGUCGACCAGGGCCUGGGCAGCGCCUCCCUCGUGGAGAAGUGCACAUGCCCGCCCGGCUAUGUGGGCGACUCCUGUGAGAGCUGUGCCCCCGGAUAUGUGCGCCAGCCAGGAGGCGCCUGGCUGGGCCACUGUGUGCCCUUCACCCCCGAACCGUGCCCCGCAGGCACAUACGGUGACCCGCGGCGCGGAAUCCCCUGCCGCGACUGCCCCUGUCCCCAGAGCGGCAGCAACAACUUUGCCAGCGGCUGCCAGCUCCGUCCCGACGGAGAAGUGCUCUGCAACUGCUUUGAGGGCUACGCGGGCAAACGAUGCGAGAGCUGCGCCGCCGGUUACCAGGGCAACCCCCUGGCCCCGGGCGGCAGCUGCCACAAGACCCCAGAGUCGUCGUGCAACGUGGACGGCACCUACAGCAUAUAUGCCGACGGCAGCUGCCAUUGCAAGGAUCGCGUCAUCGGCGAGCACUGCGACAGCUGUGCCCCCAAUAGCUUCCACUUGAACUCGUUCACGUACACUGGCUGCAUCGAGUGCUUCUGCAGCGGCCACCAGGUGGGAUGCGGCAGCACCACCUGGAACCGUGAUCAGGUGACCAGCAGUUUCGGCCGCACCCGGGCACCCCAUGGCUUCGAGCUGGUGCGCGACUACACACGUCCCACGGCCCAGAGCCUGGAGAUUGCCACCUACGGAUCCGAGCUAAGCUUCAAUGCCGAAGGGGAGCACGGGGCGGACACACUCUACUGGAGCCUACCGGCCGUCUUUCUGGGCAACAAACUGGUCUCGUACGGUGGCAAGUUGAGCUACACCCUCAGCUACAGCCCCCUGCCAGGCGGCCAGAUGUCACGCAACAGUGCCCCCGAUGUGGUAAUCAAGAGCGGCGAGGAUCUACUGCUCAUCCACUACCGCAAAUCCCCGGUUAGCCCUACGACGGCCAGCUCGUACUCGGUGGAGAUCAAAGAAAGUGCCUGGCAGCGCGGCGACGGACAGUUCGCCAAUCGCGAGCACACCCUGAUGGCCCUCAGCAACAUCACGGCCAUCUACAUCAAGGCCACUUACACGACCAGCACUAAGGAAGGUGCUCUUAAGCAGGUGUCCCUAGACACGGCCACCGCCACACCGCUGGGCACACAGCGUGCAUACGAGGUUGAGGAGUGCCGCUGCCCCACCGGCUACAUUGGACUCUCCUGCGAGACCUGUGCCCCUGGCUACAAGCGCGAUGACGUCUCUGGCCUCUAUCUGGGUCUCUGCGAGCCCUGUGAAUGCAACGGGCACUCGACCCAAUGCGAUGCCGAGUCCGGCGAUUGUAUAAACUGCUCGGACAAUACGGAAGGACCUAACUGCGAUCGUUGUGCUGCUGGAUAUGUGGGCGACGCCACUGGCGGCACCCCAUACGACUGCCAGCCGGAUGGAGGGGACCCACAGCCACCGUACCGCCCUUUGGAGCCGGGCAACCAGACGAGCGACUGCAGCAGCUGGUGCCAGGCGGAGGGAACGGUCAACUGCCAGGGCAACUACUGCUACUGCAAGCCGAAUGUGAACGGGGAUCGGUGCGACCAGUGCCGACCAGGAACCUACGGUCUGUCUGCGGCCAAUCCGGAUGGUUGCAAGGAGUGCUACUGCUCCGGACAGUCGACACAGUGCCGCUCGGCGCCACUCUACCGACAGCUGAUACCCGUGGACUUCUUCAAGAAUCCCCCGCUGCUGACGGACGAGACCGGGGAGAUCCAGGAUGAGAAUAACCUCGACUUUGAUGUGGCCACCAAUAUGUACACGUACUCGCACCCCUCCUACCUGCCAAAGUACUGGAGCCUGCGCGGCAGUGUGCUGGGCAACCAGCUGCACUCCUACGGCGGCGAACUGCAGUACAAACUGCGAGUGGAGUCGUACGGCCGCUAUGAGCCCGGCCAGGAUGUUAUUCUUAUCGGCAACGGUCUGACGCUGAUCUGGUCGCUCAAUCAGGAGUCGCCGGACGGCCUCCACAGGGUCCGCCUGAACGAGGACGGUCAGUGGCAGCGCAAGGAUCGCGGGCGCACUGUACCCGCCACCCGCAGUGACUUCAUGACCGUCCUCUCCGACCUUGAGCACAUCCUGAUCCGUGCCACGCCUAAGGUGCCCACCACCCGCACCUCCAUCGGCGACGUCAUCCUCGAGUCCGCCGUCACCUACGCCUCCCCCGGCCAUGGCCAAGCUGCCACCGACAUUGAGCUUUGUCAGUGCCCUGCCGGGUAUACUGGAAACUCAUGCGAGUCCUGUGCCCCGCUCCACUACCGCGACGCCGACGGCGCCUGCCGGUUGUGCCCCUGCGAUGCGGACAAUAGCGAUGGCUGCCGUCUGGGCAGCAAUGGCUACCCUGAGUGCCAGUGCAAGCCCCGAUUCAAGGGUGAACUCUGUCGGGAAAUCGACACAUCGCCCAUUAUCGAAGAACCACCCAAGAUAUGUGAUAUAAGCAGGGGAUUUUGUUGCAGCGGCUUUUGGUUCAAUAUUGCGCCCAACGAGACAAUCUCGUUCAAUGACACCCUCCAGAUAUAUAAAGACAACAGAAUCAUAGGAAAUAUAACCAAGCUGCGAUACGGCUGUCACUUGAGAGACACAGGCAACGAGCCCGAACAGGAACCGGAAGAGCCGGAAGAUAAUGGACGCACCCAGAUCAUUGUGUCGAUAGCCAGGCCCCAGAUCACGAUUGUGCCCGUAGGAGGAUCUCUCACACUCAGCUGCAGUGGUCACAUGCGAUGGAACAAUGAUCCCGUGGUCGUCAGCUGGUACAAACAGAACAGCCGUCUGCCCGAAGAUUCCGAAGUGGAGGGAGGAGUUCUGCAUUUGUACAACCUGCAGAUUACCGACUCCGGCAUCUAUGUCUGCCAUGCCGAAAACAAUGAGACAAUGCACGUGUACCAGGACACCGUCUCCGUCACCAUAUCACAGGAAGGCCAGCGCUCGCCGGCCCGAAUUGUGGACCUGCCCAACCAUGUUACCUUUGAGGAGUACCAGCCGAACGAGAUCAACUGCGAGGUGGAGGGCAAUCCCACGCCUUCUGUGACCUGGACACGCAUCGACGGACAGGCCGAUGCCCAGACUCGCACCGACGGCACCCACUUGAUCUUUGACUCGCCACGCAAAUCUGACGAAGGACGGUACCGCUGCCAGGCGGAGAACAGCCUCAAUCGCGAUGAGAAAUACGUCCACGUCUACGUCCAGAGCAGUGCCCCGCCAUCGCCGCCUCCUCGCGAACGCGUCUACAUCCAGCCGGAGGAGUACAACGGAGUAGAGGGCGACACCUUCCGCUUGACCUGUCAGUCGACCAGCGGCGCCAAUCUGCACUACGAGUGGUCCCUCAAUGGCUAUCCCUUGAGCGGUCAGCGCAACAUCAUUGUCAGCGGCAAUGUGCUUGAGGUGCGCGACUCCAGUGUCCGUGACUCGGGUACCUAUACCUGUGGCGCCUACGAUCUCCGCACCCAUCGAAACUACACCGAAGAUGCUCGCGUCUACAUCGAGCGUCACGAUCUGCCACCCACCGAUGAUAGUUCAAGUCCCGUGAUUGUGCGACUUCAAGAGCUGAUCACCAUCGAGCAGGGCCGCGACUACAGCAUCACCUGCGAGGCCAGCGGCACUCCGUAUCCCUCGAUCAAGUGGACCAAGGUGCACGACCAUCUGGCCACCAAUGUCCAUGUCAGCGGUAAUGUGCUGAGCAUCUACGAUGCCCGGCCCGAGAACCGGGGCCCUUACUCCUGCAUAGCCGAGAACAUACACGGCUCCGAUCAGUCCAGUACAAAUAUCGACAUUGAACCCCGGGAGCGGCCGAGCGUUAAGAUCGAGUCACCAUCCCUGCAGACCCACUCGGUCGGCUCCCAGGCGUCGCUCUAUUGUCGUGCCAAUGGCAUACCAGAGCCCCAAGUGCAGUGGGUCCGCGUCGAUGGCACACCGCUCUCGCCGCGCCACAAGGAGAUGGGACGCGGCUAUGUUGUCAUUGAUGACAUUCAAAUUGCCGAUGCCGGGGCAUACGAGUGCAGGGCCGAGAAUCAGGUCGGCAAGGCCUCUGGUACGGCCUCACUGCGCGUGGUGGAGGCCCCAUUGGUUGUCAUUAAGCCCGACCAACAGAUCAUACGUCUUACCGACGGCGACGAACUGAAUUUGGAGUGCAUAGCCAGUGGCUAUCCCAAUCCCAGUGUCCAGUGGAGCCCCAAGGGCCAAGAGCCCGAGACAGAGACCAGUCUAGGCGUGAAUCGUGAUCUUGUGAGCAAUACGGCCUACCUGAAGAUCUAUCGCGUCAGCCUCUCUGAUGCUGGCAUCUACACCUGCUCGGGCGUCAAUGAGGCCGGCAAUGACGAGCGCAGCGUUCGAGUGGAUAUUCAGCCGAAACGCGGAGACAUCAGUGAUAAUGAUGGCGAUGUGGAUCAUGGACCCUACCAAACCGACUACCCACCGCCACCAGCCCGAACAGGGCAGCCCCAACGCUUACGCACCAACAUCGGCGAGAAUGUGACCCUCACAUGCGACCUUGGCCCCUAUGUCACACGUUGGGUGCGUGUCGAUGGCCGCCCCCUGCCCUCGAAUGCCUACACCGAGCGCAAUAGCCUAGUGAUCAUAUAUGUGCAUGAGCAGAACCUCGGCCAGUACCGAUGCAAUGCGUACGAUAACAAUGAUGUGGUUACGUAUGUGGUAAGGGAACUGGUGCUGCUGCCGCUGCCACAGAUCACCUUCCAGCCUAAGAUUCCACUGCGUGUCGAUGCUGGCGAGAAUGUGGAGAUCUAUUGCGAAGUGACCAAUGCCCAGCCAGAAGAUGUGCACUGGGCCACCGACAAUAACCGACCACUGUCAGAUUCUGUGCGCAUCGAUGGCCAAAUGCUGCGCUUCAUGUCGAUCGCACCUGCCGAUGCCGGCGGCUAUCGCUGCACGGCUACCAAUUACUAUGGCAACACCACCAAGACCGCCCAGGUGGUGGUCAAUCCACCGACCGAAUAUGAGCAGGUGCCACAAUCCGAGGUGCAUCAGCGUCGCGAGGGCGAAAACAUCCAGUUGCGCUGCAGCGCCACCGUACACGGGGAAGAGCGCGGCAACCUUCAGUUUGAAUGGUAUCGCCAGGAUGGCCGCCCCUUACCGAAUGGCGCCCGUCGUGACAGUCAGGUCCUCGUGCUGACCACGCUCCGGCCUCAGGAUGCGGGUCGCUACAUCUGCGACGUUUACGAUCAUGCGAGUGGGCAGCGUCUGCCUGCCACCGCCGUCGAUUUGCAAGUACACCGUGAGUAA